AUGAGUUUUCUCAUCGAUAUCGGCUGGAGUGCACUCGCGCUGGCGGUGAUGUUUGCCGCGCUAUCGUUCAUCGUGUUGUCGCUCACCUGGCUGGAGCGGAAGGCUUUGGGGAGACUGCAGUUGCGAUACGGUCCGACCCGCACGGGGCUGUUCGGUCUGAUGCAACCCAUAGCCGACGCGGUUAAGCUGAUUAUCAAAGAGGACAUCAUCCCCGAUGAUUCCGAGAAGGCCAUUUUCUGGAUCGCUCCGGUAAUUGUGGUGGUGUCGGCAUUCGUUAUCUGGGUGACAAUCCCGGGCGGAGCCAAUGCGGUGGUCCGGAACCUGCCGCUGGGACUGUUUUAUAUCGUCGCCUUUGCAGUAAUUGGGAUAUUGGGUCUGGUACUGGCGGGUUGGGGUUCGGGUAACAAAUACGGCAUCAUGGGUGGGUUGAGGUCUGCAGCCCAGCUCAUAUCGUACGAAAUUCCGGUUGUGCUAAUAGCGGCUUCGGUGGCGAUUCUGGCGCAGUCGCUGGACAUGCAGGAAAUCGUGGCGCAGCAGGCAUCUAUCCCGUACAUCUUGGUGUUGCCGCUGGGGUUUGUGGUGUUUUUCGUGGCGGGGUUGGCCGAAGUGGGUCGCACGCCUUUCGACAUUUACCACGCUGAAAGUGAGGUGGUGGGUGGUCCGUUCGUCGAGUACAGCGGCGCCCACUGGUCGGUAUUUUUCCUGGCGGAAUACAUCAACACCUUUGCCAUUGCAGCCCUGUCGACCUUGCUGUUCCUGGGUGGUUGGGGGGGACCCUUCCUGCCCGAUGUGGUGUGGUUCCUCCUGAAAACCUAUGCGGUAAUCCUGGUGGUCUUCUGGGUGCGGGGAACCUUCCCCCGCUUGCGAAUCGAUCAACUGAUGUCUUUCGCGUGGAAGGUAAUGGUUCCGCUGUCGUUCUACACCGUGAUCGUUGCAGCGGUGUACCGAUUUUACGAGUGGCCCUGGUGGAGUGUUACGCUGCUUUCGGUUCUUGGUCUGGCAGUGUCCGGCUGGAUAAUAUACCGCCGCAUGAGUGCCCCGGCCAGACGGGUGGCCCAGGUCAGGAGUCGGGUUGAAUCGAUGCAGCAGCGCGCCUCGCAACGGCGCACGUAG